AGUUUCAUUUUGAGUUUGGUGAUUGUGAUUUUCUAUCAAGUUUCUGUUCAUGUUUUAUUUUGUUUUCCCUUAAUUUUUUCCUCAAGCUUUUUGGUGUAAAUGUAGUUCUCAACGUUAUAAUGACAAUGGAAAGGAGAAUAAAACUAAAAACAUUAAACAGUCAUAUAACUUGUAAGAUUUGCCGCGGAUAUUUCAUUGACGCGACCACAGUCACCGAGUGCCUACAUACGUUUUGUAAAAGUUGUUUAGUAAAGCAUUUAGAAGAAAACAAUACAUGUCCAACAUGCAACAUAGUGAUACAUCAGUCACAUCCCCUUCAAUACAUCAGCUUCGACCGAACCAUGCAAGAUAUUGUUUACAAACUGGUCCCUGAUUUACAAGACAAUGAAAUAAAAAGAGAAAGAGAUUUCUACCGAGCAAGAGGUCUGCCAUGUCCAAAGGAUGCAGCUCUAGCCGCUGAUAAACCGGGAGCUGGUGAUGAACCAGAACAGCCAGAUAAUACUGAUUGCCAUCGGAAAGAUGAACAGGUGAAUGUAUGCCUGGAGUGUAUAUCGACAUCAUUGAGAACGCUUAAGAGAAGCUUCAUAAGGUGUUCGGCACAGGCGACCAUAACGCAUCUCAAGAAAUUUGUAGCUAAGAAAGUUUUAAACGGAAUGGAGAAAUAUAGAGAAAUUGACAUACUAUGCAACGACGAAUUAUUAGGCAAGGAUCACACAUUGAAGUUUGUUUACGUAACACGAUGGAGAUUCAGGGAUCCACCGCUGAGAUUACAGUAUAGACCUAAGAUUGAUUUGUAAAUAAACUUUUUGUACUAAAAAUUUGAUAUCACCGAAAACAUUUAUGGAAUCACGAUCGUGACAAUGUUUGUAAGGAAUAUUGUCAUGCAAUACAUACAUGUUUUAUGUGAAAAUAAUUAUUUUACUAAGUGAUUUUUCAUAAAUACUUAUUAAUGUAUUAUAUUGUCAUUUCAAAAUAUUCUGCUCGUUCAUUUGACAUUGACAUAUUCUGUUACAAAAAAAAAAAAAGAUUUAUUCAGCUUGUGAAAAGAUCUGAAUUUUCCAGACUGUCAAUAAUACUACAUAGAAUUUUACCUUAAUUAGGAAAAUAUAGUUUCAUUUUUAGUUGUUGUAUUUUAAUAGAAUUUUAUUUAUAACUAAUAAUUGGAUAUUUUUUUUUUUUUUAAUUCAGUGGCAGAUUUCAGUUUGAAUUAAAUUGUUGUCUUGUUUUAGUUAUUUUUUCUUUGUUUCCAUUAACAGUGUAUAUUGCUCAUAGGUUUAUUUUUAUUAUUAAUAGUUAGGUACGUAUAGACAAUUUAUUUUAAUGAGUAUAUGUGAAAUAUAUAUUUUACCAAUUUU